GUGUGAAGUUUUUGAAAGCGAUGCUCCAUCACGUGAAACUGUCAGUGGCCACUUUGCCUUGCCAUUGCAAUUUGCAACCACCUUACUAUGGCCCUAUGAUGGACAGCGCAGAUUGCUAGGGGUUCUUGGGCCACCUCCAAAUCAUUAUAAUGGUAGAUUUUCAGUACAAACAUAAAUUCUCCCUCAAUAAUGUUUUCGCAAUAAUGGUUUAGUUUUCCAAAACCUUCGACCGUCAUUGUAAAUUGUUAUUCGAACAAAUUUUGGCGAAGAUGCUGCGCCGAUCAUCGACAGCCAAUGUUUAGAACUGAUGGGUUUGUGGGGCUGUCUGUUUCCUUCAAAGCUGUAAAGAUUCUGAGUUACAGAGAGCUGGACGGAAGCUCGUUUUGAAGAAUGGACGCAUACCGACAACUUCAAAACUCAGACCCACUUCUCUUGGUUUCUCUCUCUCUCUCUCGGUUCUUUCAGUCCAAACCAUUUGGUGGGCAUUAAUAAACGAACUUCGUUUGUUUCUGAAAUGUUGAUGAAACUGAAUGUGUAUCGCCAUUCGCCACUGGGAAGCUCUGUUUGAAGCGGAGGAGAAAAGAGGUUGAAAUUUGAAUCGCCAUUUUCGGCAGUGAUUAGUUUGUAUCACUGUUUAUGCAUCGAUUGCUGUGUUUGACGUCUGGAAACAAAAAGUAGUAGGAAAAAGGAAAGGUCAGAGAUCAGUCAAAAAGUGAUUAGCAACCAUAAUCUAAGCAUACGGCAGGUGGAAAUAUCACGUGCUGGUCAUUCCAUCAACCUUUGGCUGGUGUUGGCCGCUCUAGUGUUUGAAAGGCAUUUGGAAUUAUAUUAAUAAAACAAACUGACGGAGGAGAAGAAUAAUUACCUGAGAAAGACAAUCAAAGUUUUCAAUCCAUUCUGGAAAAGAUGCUGUGCGCUUGUUCAGGAGAGCAAUUCAAGUUUGAAGAGCCACCGCAGUCCCCAGAGUCACUUGCGACGAGAGAUUUCUCGGCCAGUUGCCUUUCCUCGAGAACUGGAGACUGGGAUUUAAAAUUUGAAGAUUCUCAAGUAGAUGAAGUUGAAUCCACUUUAAGAGAAGCCCUCUCAUUAAACUACGAGGAAGCCCGAGCUUUACUGGGGAGGCUUGAAUAUCAAAGGGGAAAUUUUGAUGCUGCUCUACAGGUUUUUCAAGGUAUAGACAUUAAAUCUUUGACGCCAAGAAUGGUUAAGGCAAUUACUGAAAAGACAAGGGAGGAAAAACCUCGUCCUAAAGGUGACAGUACCGCCCCCCCUAGUGGUGUAAUGUCCAUGCAUUCCGUUAGCCUACUACUUGAAGCAAUUUUACUCAAGGCAAAAUCGCUGGAAGAACUUGGCAGAUAUAUAGAGUCUGCAAAAGAGUGCAGGAUAAUUCUUGACACGGUGGAAUCAGCUCUGCCUAAUGGAAUGCCCGAGUGCAUUGGUGAAGACUGCAAAUUGCAGGAAAUGUUUCACAGAGCUUUGGAAUUACUGCCUACUCUGUGGACUAAUGGAGGGUGUCUUGAUGAGGCCAUAAAUGCCUAUCGCCGAGUCCUUGUUAAACCAUGGAAUCUAGAUCCAAACAAGUUGGCUGCCAUACAGAAAGAAUUGGCUGGGACAUUACUCUAUGGAGGUGUUGAAGCAAGCCUUCCCCUUAAAUUUCAUGUAUUUGGCCCAAGAACACCUAAAAACAAUGUAGAAGAAGCAAUCCUUCUGCUACUGAUACUCGUGAGGAAAGUGGCGAUGCAGGAAAUAAACUGGGACCCAGAGAUUAUGAAUCAUCUGACUUAUGCACUUUCUAUCACAAGACAAUUUGAACUACUCGCUGAGCAUGUGGAGCGGAUCCUUCCUGGAAUAUAUAGUCGAGCUGAAAGGUGGUACUUUCUUGCCCUAUGUUACAAUGCAGCAGAACAAAAUGAAGCAGCUCUGAACCUUCUAACAAAAGUUUGCGGUUCCUCUGAAGUAAAUCACAAGCCCCAUUUUCAUUCUUUUCUGUUACUUGCAAAAUUGUGUUCAGAGGAUACAAAAUAUGCACGCGAUGGAAUUAAAUUUGCUCAUAUAAUGAUGAAUAUGGCCAGUGAACAAAGUAAACAUUUCAACCCCGAAGCCCACAAAUAUUUAGGUAUUUGCUAUGGGAAUGCAGCUAGAGCGUCUGUGUCAGACUCUGAAAGAACUCUUUUCCAAAAAGAAUCAUUGAACUCUCUACGAAUUUCUUCUCUCAGUAGAAGGCAUGAUCCAGAAGUAAUGUUUAACAUUAGCUUGGAAAAUGCUGUGCAGAGAAAUCUUGAUGUUGCCUUCUACAGUGCAAUGGCGUACUCAAAUAUGGUGGCUGAUGGCUCUGGAAGAGGUUGGAAGUUGUUGACCCUCAUACUUUCAGCUGAGAAACGACUCAUGGAUGCCGAAACCAUAGUUGAUUUUGCUUUGGAUGAAGCUGAUAGGAUGGACCAAUUAGAUUUUCUUCGAUUGAAAGCUGUCCUCAAAAUUGCUCAGGAACAGCCGAAGCAAGCAAUAGAAACCUACAGAAUCUUGCUAGCACUAAUUCAAGCACGAGAUGAACAUCAGCUUCGGACUAAGAACUUUGACCAAUCCAAGGACUUGGAACUGGAGGCAGUGGCAGAACGUAACUUGGAACGGGCAGCCUGGCAGGAUUUGGCUGCCAUAUAUUCAAAACUUGCUUCAUGGGCGGAUGCAGAAAUCUGUCUGAACAAAGCCAAGUCAUUAGAUUUUCAUUGCCCCAGAGGUUGGCAUACAACAGGCAAGUAUUUUGAAGCUCGAUCAUUACACAAGGAAGCCCUUGUUUCAUUCUCUGUCGCUCUAUCGAUUGAUCCCGAUUAUAUUCCAAGUAUCAUAUCAACAGCAGAAGUAUUGAUGAAAUGUGGUAACCAAUCACUUCCAAUUGCGCGCAGCUUGUUGAUGAAUGCUGUAAGAUUGGAUCCUACAAGCCACGAAGCAUGGCUCAACCUUGGAAUGCUUUCCAAAAUGGAAGGUCUUUUGCUACAAGCUGCAGAUUUUUUUCAAGCUGCACAUGAACUCCAACUAUCGGCUCCACCUCAGAGUUUCGUAUAGAAGAAUAUUUGUUGUUCCCUUUGGAGCUUAGUAAGUUGAGCAGAUGUGGAAGUUCAAUUUUUUCAUUGGUUGUGCCGCCACCAUAAUUCCACCAAUCUUCUUUCCAUCUACGUUCUUUUCCUUGACCUCUCACCAUCUGUUCAAAGCUGAAGGAAUUUUGGACCAACGCUGAGCAAGAUUUCAGGGUAGACGUAUGGUUUCAAAUUCUGCAAGUUCUACUCAUCUAAUUUUGUGUAGCGAAUCAAGGAUUUAGUAGUGUAUUAAGUAAAUAGCAUAUUUUUUGCAGUAUUUUCUUCUUAUCAUCAACAAUUCAACUUCAUCUCUUUCCCCGCUUCAAAAUAAGGUUAAGACUUUAUUCAUGGCCAGAAAAGAGGAUCAAAAGAAGUAUGAAAAUGUGUAUUAUCUUAGAGGCG